ACAGAGAUAGCGUUAGGUGGCUGAGCUGGUGCGCCGAGGAAGGAAGGAGUGGGACAAGCGCCCACCGGCGAGUCCGGCCGGAUUCAGGCGUGGCCGCCAUGGCGGCUUCCGGGGCGCGUGUGACGCCAUGGCAGCAAGGCGCCGAGGAGGACGGCCAUGGAAAAUGUGUCAUCCCCGUUUGAAGACAAGCAGCAAAGUUGGGAAACCGCCGCCGAUUCCCUGUCCUGCCCCUCCUCGUAGCAUACCGCUUCUGGUAUAACCUCUGCCCCCUCUCCUCCUCCUCCUCCCGACCGCCUCCUCAGUUUUUGCUCCCUCCCUCACGCCACUGCCCCCUCCGCUCCCCGUCCUCAAUGGCGAAUCUGCCGCCGUCCCUCGCCGCCGGGCCCUCCUUCGGGGCGCCCUCGCCGCCCCCGCUCCCGCCCUCGUCCGGCUCGUCGGCCGCGCCGCCGCCCGCCGGGGGCAGGGACCGGAAGAUGGUGUCCGCGGAGCAGCUCGUGCUCGACCUCUGCGACCCGGAGCUGCGCGAGAACGCCCUCCUCGAGCUCUCCAAGAAGCGAGAGAUUUUUCAAGAUCUUGCUCCACUCCUGUGGCACUCCUUUGGCACCAUUGCUGCACUGCUCCAGGAGAUUGUGUCAAUCUACCCUUCACUUUCACCUCCUACUUUAUCGCCAGUUGCAUCAAACCGUGUCUGCAAUGCACUUGCACUUCUUCAGUGUGUUGCUUCACACCCUGAGACCAGGAUCCCAUUCUUGAAUGCUCACAUCCCACUGUACCUGUACCCGUUCCUGAAUACUACCAGCAAGACAAGACCUUUUGAGUACUUGAGGCUUACCAGCUUGGGUGUUAUUGGUGCUCUUGUGAAGGUUGAUGAUUCUGAAGUUAUUGGAUUUCUGCUUCAAACUGAAAUAAUCCCUCUAUGUCUCCGUACUAUGGAGAUGGGCAGUGAACUUUCCAAAACAGUGGCCACCUUUAUUGUUCAAAAGAUUCUGCUUGAUGACAUUGGGCUGCGCUACAUCUGCGCGACUGCUGAGCGUUUCUUUGCUGUGGCCACUGUUUUAGCGCAGAUGGUCCAGGCGCUUGCUGAGCAGCCAUCUGCAAGGUUACUGAAGCACAUAAUCCGCUGCUACCUCAGGCUGACAGAGAACCAGAGGGCUUGCGCCGCGCUCAACAGCUGCCUCCCCACCGUGCUGAAGGACGGGACAUUCAACAGCUUCCUUCAUGAUGAUAACGUGACGAGGCGGUGGCUCCAGCAGCUGCUGAGCAACAUGUCGAUCGCCGGCAUGGGCGGGGGAAGCUCUCACGCUGGCAUGGGCGGAGGAGGCUCUCUCGGAGGCAUGGGCGGAGGAGGCUCUCUCGGAGGCAUGGGCGGGGGAGGUUCCCUUGGUGGCAUGGGCGGAGGAGGCUCUCUCGGAGGCAUGGGCGGCGGGGGCUCUCUUGGAGGCAUGGGCGGAGGAGGCUCUCUUGGCGGCAUGGGCGGGGGAGGCUCUCUCGGCGGUGGCAUGGGCGGCGGGGGCUCUCUCGGCGGUGGCAUGGGCGGCGGGGGCUCUCUCGGCGGCAUGGGUGGAGGAGGCCCUCACGGGGGCCUCGACCACCUCAUGGGGCUAUGAGCAAGCGAGCGAAGCUGUGUCUGCAGGCUGUGUGAGAGCCUGAACCAUGUGUCUGUCUGUCUGUUGUAGAUGUAGUAGCGGAAAGAAACUCCCGUGCUGUUUGUAGUUGUUUGUGUUGUCGAAAAAGGAAGAACAGAGUCGUCUGUCUGUCGGUCCGUGUGCCCUUUGUGGGAAGAAGAAAGAAGAAGAAGAAGAAGAUAGUAGUGGCCUGGUGUCUAGAUGUUUUGGUGGUGCUUUGGGUUUUGCUGGACUGCAUGUAAAAAGACAAAUAAACCGGCGCAGAAGCUCUCCCUGCUCUGCUCUUUGGCAAGUGUUCCAAAGGAUGAAGAGGGACAGCAAGUUAUAAAACUGAAACAUGGCAGUUUUACAGUA